AUGACAUUCAAUUUGCUUAUAAGCUUGGCUAAAUUCUGGAUUGUCGCACAGACUCUGAGUAUUAUCAUUGAGCAUUUGAAGAACUCAAAGUAUGGUCCAUUCAGAAGCAAAUCGGUCAUGUCUAAGGAUAGAAGAGUUGGAUUGCCUCAUCUAGUUAAAAUUGUACGGUCUAAGGAGCUGAUAAAAUGCUCCCGCGAUAUUACGUUGACGAUAGACAUGUCUGAGCGUAUGCAGCAGAUUAAGAAAGCCUACAUAAAUCAAAGGAAAUUACCAAUGUUAACAUCUAAUACGUCUGAUAUUUCAGAUAAUGAUUAUGAUCAUAUAUUAUCUAUUAGAGAAGCAUCGCUGAGAUUUAGCAAUAAAUUAGAGACAAUGGCGGUUGAUAGCGACUUUGAAAUUCCAAUUGCCUAUUUCACUAACGAUGAAGAGAUCUUUGCUUUUACUGACGCACAUGAGUUUCAGCUCCAGAACGAGUAUAGUUAUAUAACUGAAGACAGUUUCAGGCGCUGGCAACAUUAA